UCACCAACAUCCUCCAUUUGCAAAACAGGUUAUUGAGGCCAAUGGAAUAGCAUUUAGUAAUGGCAUGAUUAAUGGUCUCAGUGAAUUGCAGUACAAUUCUCUGGCUCAGUCUCAGUACUCCCAGCUGUCUGCCUCAUUUUCACCCUCUGUGCAACAUCAGGCUGUGUCACCCUUUGGUGAGGCAUUGAUGCACCCCUCAGUAUCCCCUCAUGUAUCUCACCCCCCGACCUCUGCUGUACAAGCUAAUAGUGGUACAUCACCCUGGCCUGACCCAUCUCCUGUCUGCCGUACAAGAACAGUUGACACCUCUGCUACCUCAUCACUGGCUGUGAUGUUGGCUCAAGUUCAGCAAGGAUUUAACUGGGCUCGACCGAUUCAGCCUCCUCAGCCCAUACCUCAACUGAAGGAUCCAUCUCCUUGGCUGACAGCAUCUUUGGGGGGUACCAAUAACAGAUGGAAACAGAUCCCUGAUGGGCAAGGUGCAGAGGAUGUUUUCAUUGCUGGUUCUCCUAUUGAUGGAGGAGUCCCUACUCCUCCUGUCCUGCAGACACUGGCAGAUGAGCUUCCAGUAGCAUCCACAGUUCCAAUACCAGCAUCUCAACCAGUCCCCCCCAGUAGUGAGCCCCAGGUGACAAGCAAACCUAGCUUGAGUUUGUGCGAGAUUCAGGAGGCAGAGGCGAAGAUGGAAGAGGCACAUAAGGCUUCUGAGAAGGAGUGGGAAUGCACCUGCAGUAACAUUGCAACUUCUCUUGUUGCUUCCAGUUCCGAAGACACCCAGCCAUUUACUGCAUCCUGGGGAUUGCUGACAUCCCAAGCAGGAGGAAGAAAUACCACAGCACCGAAGGAGCCCCCAAUGCCUGUUACCCCGAGUGUGCCUGUUUGGAUGACUGCUGCACCAACUGCUACCAUAAAGAAGUUGAUGAAGGAGAUCCAAGAGGAAGAGGAGAGGAUGAAGAAGGUAGUAGUGAGAGAGAGCAUGGCAUCUGCUGCUGCCUGCUGGCCUUAUGCUGAGACUACCUUCAAGACUGUGCCUAGUGCACAGAAUACUUGCAGCAGUGCAUGGACAACUAUUGGGGAAAAUGCUACACUGGCACCUACUAAACCUGCUGCAACACCAUGUGUGGAGGACUCUCCUGUUACACUGUCAAAUGACUUCUUGAAAUGGCUGAGUGAUUCAUUGAAGGGCUUAAAUAGCUCUGUCAAUUUGGAAGAGAUCACUUCGAUGCUUUUCUCAUUCCUGCUCAACCUGGACCCAUCAACAAUUGAGAUUAUCUCUGACCUUAUCUAUGCCAAUGGCAUGAUUCUUGAUGGUCACAGGCGGAAUGCUGCCAGCAUAGGUGGUAACAGUGGAAAGCCUAUUUCAAUCACAGACAUUGUGAAGACCCAACCAAAGACUGUCCAGCAGGAGUGGGGUUUCAAGGUAGUCAACAAGAAAAAGAAGGGGGGCAGGUCAUAAGCAGGCCAUGAUGUGUCGGUCAGAGUCACAUAGGCAACCCCAGUGAUAUAUUACUCAGGUAACCAAUGCAUCAUUCCCUUCAUUGUGCUAUAUCCUGUGUGAUACCCCUCGAACACUUAAUAAUACCUUACCAUGCAUCAUAUCUAUGCAAGAUUCAGUGGUUCCUCCCUCAAGCCCACUGCUAUGUACACAUUUCCACUGUAACCAUACCAUGGUUCU